UCACAGUGUCCACAGUGGAAAGCGAUCCAAGCGGCAGCCCGGGAACUAGUAAACAAACACCGCCAAAAGCCGUGCGUAAAAAAGGAGGCUGGCGGGCGCGCGCCGGCGGUUGAUCUUGGUUGCGCGCGGCGUAAGGACGCACCUGCGGGAUACCUUCGUUCGGACAUGUGAGUUUUAGGACUUUUUUUUUUUUUUUUUUUUGCAAGACUCGCAUCUGCAUCUCGCAUCCCCCCCCCAAAAAAGAUGAAGUUCCUCGCCUGUGUCAUCGCCACUUUGCUGCUCGUCCGAUCCAGCGCCGCGCAGUCAGUUUGCCCUGGCACGGAGAACAAGUUAAGCACCCUCUCAGACCUGGACCAGCAGUACCGCACCCUAAAGAAGCUUUAUGAGAACUGUGAAGUCGUCAUGGGAAACUUGGAGAUAACCAGCAUUGACCGGAACCGGAAUCUCUCCUUCCUCAAGUCCAUCAGAGAGGUGACAGGCUACGUGCUGGUGGCUCUGAACCAAUUUGACUACCUGCCACUGGAGAACCUGCGGAUCAUCCGAGGCACCAAGCUGUACGAGGGCCGCUACGCCCUCGCCAUCUUCCUCAACUACAGGCGGGACGGGUACUACGGACUACGGCAGCUGGGCCUCCGCAAUCUCACAGAGGUCCUGAAUGGCGGCGUCUAUGUUGACCAGAACAAAUUCCUGUGCCAUGCGGACACCAUACAUUGGCGUGACAUCAUCAAGAACCCGCAGGCGGAGCUGCUGGUUGUGCCAUCCAACAACAGCAACCUGGGAUGUAGACGCUGUCAUCGCUCGUGUAACGGACGCUGCUGGGGUCACCAGGAGGACCAGUGUCAGACCUUGACGAAGACGGUGUGUGCCGAGCAGUGUGACGGUCGAUGCUUCGGACCUUACGUCAGCGACUGCUGCCACCGCGAAUGUGCUGGCGGCUGCUCGGGUCCCAAGGACACCGACUGCUUCGCUUGCACCAACUUCAACGACAGUGGCGCAUGUGUGACCCAGUGCCCUCAGCCGUUUGUGUACAACCCGACGUCCUUCCAGCUGGAGCACAAUCCCCGAGCAAAGUACACCUACGGAGCCUUCUGCGUCAAGAAAUGCCCACAUAACUUUGUGGUGGACCAUAGCUCAUGUGUCCGCGCGUGUCCUAGCAACAAGAUGGAAGUGGAGGAGAACCGCAUCAAGAUGUGCAUUCCCUGUACAGACAUCUGCCCUAAAGUGUGCGACGGCAUUGGGACGGGCAGCCUGCAAACGGCUCAAACGGUGGACGCCAGCAAUAUUGAUAAAUUUGUCAACUGCACAAAAAUCAAUGGCAACCUCAUCUUCCUCAUCACUGGGAUUAAAGGAGACAUGUAUCAUGGAAUCGGACCGAUGGAUCCCGAGCGCCUUAACGCAUUCCGCACUGUAAAAGAGAUCACAGGUUACCUCAACAUCCAAUCUUGGCCGGAGAACAUGACCGAUCUGAGUGUUUUUUCCAACCUGGCUACCAUUGGCGGGAGAUCCCUUUACAGUGGAAGCGGCAUCUCCUUGCUGAUCUUGAAGCAGCGUUGGAUCUCCUCCCUGCAGUUCCAGUCGCUGGAUGAGAUUAGCGCGGGCAACGUCUACAUAUUCAACAACAGCCGUCUAUGCUUCUACAAUACCGUCAACUGGACGUCGCUCUUCCGGACGCCGAGCCAGAAAGUGCUUAUCCGGAACAAUCGUGACCCGAAGGAGUGCACCCAGCAGCGCAUGGUGUGCGAUCAGAUGUGCUCCGAUGAAGGUUGCUGGGGUCCCGGACCCGACCAAUGUCUGUCCUGCCGCUACUUUCGACGGGGCCGCACCUGCGUUGAAUCCUGCAAUCUUUUUGACGGGGAACUGCGCGAAUUCGCCAAUGGAUCCGUGUGUCUGCAGUGCGAUGGCCAGUGUGAGAGGAUGGACGGAAACGCCAUGACGUGUGUCGGCCAGGGUCCGGACCAGUGUGUGAAGUGCCUCCACUUCAAAGAUGGGCCUAACUGUGUGGAGAAAUGCCCUGACGGCCUGCAGGGGACGAACAGUUUCAUCUUUAAGUACGCCAAGGCCAACAACGAGUGUCACCCCUGCCACGCCAACUGCACCCAGGGGUGCAUUGGGCCAAGACUCCAAGAUUGUGUUGGGAUGAUGGACAGGACGCCCCUCAUUGCUGCUGGAAUCAUCGGUGGCCUGUUCAUCAUUGUCAUCGUGGCGCUCAGUGUCGCCGUGUACGUUCGACGUAAAAGCAUCAAAAAGAAGAGGGCCUUGCGCCGCUUCCUGGAGACGGAGCUGGUAGAGCCCUUGACCCCCAGUGGGACAGCCCCCAACCAGGCUCAGCUGCGCAUCCUGAAGGAGACGGAGUUGAAGAGGGUCAAGAUUCUAGGCUCAGGGGCUUUUGGGACCGUCUACAAGGGCAUCUGGGUCCCAGAAGGUGAGACGGUGAAGAUCCCGGUGGCUAUUAAAAUCCUGAACGAGACCACGGGUCCCAAAGCCAACGUGGAGUUCAUGGACGAGGCUCUGAUCAUGGCCAGCAUGGAGCACCCUCACCUAGUGCGCCUGCUGGGCGUCUGCCUGAGCCCUACCAUCCAGCUGGUCACGCAGCUUAUGCCACACGGCUGCCUCCUCGACUACGUGCACGAGCAUAAGGACAACAUCGGGUCACAGCUGCUGCUCAACUGGUGCGUCCAAAUCGCAAAGGGGAUGAUGUACCUGGAAGAAAGGCGCCUGGUCCACAGGGAUUUGGCCGCCCGCAAUGUGCUGGUGAAGUCGGCCAAUCACAUCAAGAUCACCGACUUCGGCCUGGCGCGGCUGCUGGACGCCGACGAGAAGGAGUACAACGCAGACGGGGGCAAGAUGCCCGUUAAAUGGAUGGCUCUUGAGUGCAUCCACUACAGGAAGUUCACUCAUCAGAGCGAUGUGUGGAGUUAUGGAGUGACCAUCUGGGAGCUGAUGACGUUCGGAGGCAAACCGUACGACAGCAUCUCCACGCGGGAGAUCCCGGACAUCCUGGAGAAAGGCGAGCGCCUACCUCAGCCGCCCAUUUGCACCAUAGAUGUCUACAUGGUCAUGGUCAAAUGCUGGAUGAUUGAUGCUGACAGCAGACCCAAGUUUAAGGAGCUUGCUGCAGAAUUCUGCAGGAUGGCCCGGGACCCCCAGCGAUAUCUGGUCAUUCAAGGAGACGAUCGGAUGAAGCUGCCCAGCCCCAAUGACAGCAAGUUCUUCCAGAGUCUCCUGGAUGAGGAGGACCUCGACGACCUGAUGGAUGCCGAUGAGUACCUGGUGCCUCGCGGUUUUGACGUAGCUCAUCCGUCAUACCCAACGAGACCUCGAGUUGACUCAAACAGAAACCAGUUUGGCUAUCGGGAAGGAGGGCCAAACCCUUCAGAGGGUCUAGCGGCAGGGGCAAAGGAGGAAGCCGCCGGUGGGCAGGGACCCACCCUGGAAGAUCAACACUGCAAUGGGAACUUGCAGAAGAAGGGUCUGAGCCAAGCUGGGGCUGAAGACAAUGGAGGACAGAGGUACAGCGCUGACCCCACCAUCUUCCUGGGGGAGAGGGUCUCCAGGGAGACGGACGAGGACGGAUACAUGACCCCCAUGAAGGACAAGAGCUCAUCAGAAUACCUGAACCCAAUUGAGGAAAACCCCUUUGUUUCUCGGCGUAAAAAUGGGGAGAUCCAUGCGUUGGACAACCCGGGCUACCACAGCACACCCAGCAGCCAGGUCAAAGCGGAGGACGAGUACAUCAACGAGCCCCUCUACUUCAACACCUUCCAUAGCACGGCUGAGACCCUGCGGAGAAACGGUCUGCCUCUCCCCACCCAGCCUCCUUCCGCCAUCUCAGCCGCCACCUCAGGGUCCCACCUCCCACUUAGCAUCCAGACCAGCCUGCCCCACUACCCUCUCCCCACGCCUUCGCCAUCUGGCAUGCCGUGUCACCACGCUCCGCUGACCCACAUCCUCCACGCCCACCACACCAUCAAACCUACAGCACAAGCUAGCAUUCUCGGUGUCGGCUCCACCGGCCAGAGCCAAACAGGAACUACGGCGCAGGUCUUGGCGUGCCAUUCAGGUGUGCCAUCCACCGCGACGGCCCCCAUCGGACUGGCCUGCCUGCCAGGCUACCAGAGCCACAUAGCCUCGCAGCCUGCCAGCCUGCUGAAGCACGGUGGACAGACGGCAGGUAAAGCCGCUGGGAAGAAGCUGAAGGUAACCUUUGACAAUCCGGAGUACUGGCAGCACAGCUUGCCUCCCAAACCAUCUGACAGCACCCAGGGCGGGUCCACCAACGCUAAGCUCUUCUACAAGCAGAAUGGACACAUUCGGUCAGCAGUAGCUGAAAACCCCGAGUACAUGUCGGAGUUUUCCCUUAAGUCUGGCCCUGUUCUGCCACCUCCUCCCUACCGGCAGAGAAAUACGGUGGUCUAGAGUGAUCCAGCCUCGAGAAACCUCUGCACUUCACUGACCAGAGCCUCCACAAACCCCAACCCUAACCAUGAUAUCCAUUAUAGACCGUAGCAACAUCACAGAGGAAGAAAGACAAGCAGAAGGAUAUCUACACUUCUGUCCUGUAGUUACCGACUGCGAUCCGAGACCGUGGGAUUGUGGAGGACGCGUCACCGUGUGGAAUUACGGUCAUUUCCAGUGAAACACGCGGAAGCUACUGCCGUCCACUCUGCUGUGUCCGUUGGAAGAGCAGAACAAGAUUUCCUUUUCUUUUUUUUCCCAUGUAUAGAAACCCAUGCAAUUGACAGGAACCUAUGAAGGACUUGGAACGUGCUUCAACUUAGUUCAUCAAAUGGAGGAAAACACGUCUGAGAAGCUGAUCAGUCACGCUCAUAUUUCUACCCGAAGUAUUUAUUUUAUACAGUAUUGUGUUUGUUUUUUUUUCAUUGGGUUGGUGAAAAAAUGUAACUGUGCUGCUGUGACGACAUUACGUUUACAUUUACACAUAUAGUACUUUGCUCCAAAUCCCAAAAUACCCUAAAGCAGCGGAACGUAGAAAUCAAAUGACUUUGGGA